AUGACUAACGAUAAACUUAACGAUAAAAUAAUUAAAGCAUGUCUGUUUGAUAUGGAUGGACUUUUGGUCAACACCGAGGACAUAUACACCAUCACCUGCAACGAGAUCCUAGAGAAGUACAAUAAGGGACCAUUGACAUGGGAUGUGAAAUUGCAAUUGCAAGGGCUUCCAGGGUUCGAAGCCGGUUCAAAAUUAAUCGAGCAUUACAAAUUGCCUUUAACUUUUGAGGAAUUCAACAGGAUGAAUGUUGCCUCUCAGGAUUUGAAGUGGCCCACAUGUGAAUUCUUACCAGGGGCAUUGGAUCUGUUGACUUAUCUCCAUGGGAAGAACGUUCCUAUUGCCUUAUGCACAUCUUCCAAUCAGACUAAAUUCCAUGCCAAGACUAGCCAUUUGACUGAAGGGUUCAAGUUGUUUGAUGCUGUUACCACUGGGGAUGAUCCGAAAUUGGCUAACGGCAGAGGAAAGCCAUGUCCUGACAUUUGGCAAAUCGGUUUGAAGAAAUUGAAUGAGAAAUAUGGCACUAAGAUUACACCGGAUGAAUGUAUUGUCUUUGAAGAUGGUAAGCCUGGUGUCAUCUCAGGUAAAGCCUUCGGUGGUAAUGUUGUGUGGGUUCCACAUCAUGAUGCAUAUGAUCAUUUGGGUGAUGUUGAGGCCUUCUUGGAAGGUAGAGGUGAAAUGUUAAACUCUUUGGAAGAUCUUGACAAAGCUAAAUAUGGUUUGUAG